GGCCGCCAUGGUGUUCCUCCCGGACGAGUCGCGGUCGCUGCCGCCGCCCCCCCUCCUCAACAAGGCCUCGGCCUGGCUGGGUCUGGCCGGCUGGGUGGCGGCACUGCUGGACAACGGCUUCAACUACCGCCCCGUCAUCCGGGCCGGUGUUCACCGCCAGAUCCUGUUCACUACCGUGGGAUGGUUUGUUGGCUAUUACCUUGCGAAACGUACGGAGUACAUACAUGCCAAACUGGACAGAGAGAUGUUUGAGUAUGUCAGGCAUCACCCGGAAGACUUCAAGGCAGCAGAAAAGAGAAGAAUAGGAGAGCUUUUGGAGGAUUUCUACCCGGUUCGCUGAGGAUUUCUCCAGCGGCGCCGUGUUGCAGGAUGCAUCUGCUGAACUAAUUCCGUACCGAGAAGUUCAGUGGGCUGGCUGUAACUGUUCAACCGUCCAUGGCUUGGAAAAUGAACCGUUAAUCACUUUCGUGUAAUAAAAGCUAUGAUUAAAUA